GAGAGAGAGAGAGAGUGAGGAGAGAAGAAACGUGAGCGAGGUACCUCUUGUUGAAGUGGUUUGAAACGAGUAUAAGAGAAGGAGGUUCUCCAAGGAGGUGGAAGAGGAACAACACGUGACCAAUGACUUAUAUAAAGGUGGAGAACGACAGGGCGAGAAACACAGAGUUCUCUCUGCGCGGUGAAACCUGUGCUCGCGGAACAGUGACAAUAGUUGUUUCUUUUUCUCUCUUUCCCUCUCUCUUUUUUUUCUCUCCCUCUCUCUCUCUUCUUAAACAACUACUCGAUUACUGUACUACAAUAAUUCAGGCGGAAGAGUAAUAACCUGAUUUUUGCACCACGCGGGAGGACACUUACUUAUCCGUAACCAUGAGGACAUACUACGUGAUAGCUGCCAUUCUGAUCGCCGGCACAACCGCUCAGGAAUCGUUCAAAUGCCCAGACGACUUCGGCUUCUAUCCUCAUCACAUAUCCUGCGACAAGUACUGGAAAUGCGACAACAACGUCGCGGAAUUGAAAACUUGCGGCAACGGACUGGCCUUCGACGCGAGCGACAGCAAGUUCCUCACCGAGAAUUGCGACUACCUCCAUAACGUGGACUGCGGCGAGAGGACGCAGCUAGAGCCGGCGAUUAGCACGCCGCAUUGCCCACGCCUCUACGGGAUCUUCGCCGACGACAAGAAAUGCGACGUGUUCUGGAACUGCUGGAACGGAGAGGCUUCCAGGUAUCAGUGCAGCCCUGGACUCGCUUAUGAUCGUGAAGCCAGAGUCUGCAUGUGGGCUGAUCAAGUGCCUGAGUGCAAGAACGAAGAGGUCGCAGGAGGUUUCACGUGUCCGGCUGCUGGCGAAGUGAGCGGAGCAUCCGGCAGCUUCAGCAGACACGCCCAUCCCGAGGACUGCAGAAAGUAUUACAUAUGUCUGGAAGGUAUCGCUAGGGAGUACGGCUGCCCGAUCGGCACCGUCUUCAAGAUCGGCGACGCAGAUGGCAGCGGCGCCUGCGAAGACCCCGAGGACGUACCCGGAUGUGAGGAUUACUACGGUGACCUGGAUCUAAAGAGCAUCAGGAAGAGCGAGCUGCUUGCCGGAAUUCAGAAUUCAGGCGAGACCAGGAAGCCUCCUCAAGGCAAACCGAGGCCCCCGUCGGCACCUGCCAGGCCCAACGCACCCCUUCAAGAAUAAUUUCCAAAUCCACCCGUACUUCCCUUCCUUUUUCUCUUCAUUCUCCUCAUCGUCUCUUUUCUCCCCUCCUCUCCUCUCCCUCUCUCCUUUGUUUCUUCCCUCCCUCCUUCGCCUAUUUUUCUAUCACAUCACACACACGCAGUGACACAUAUACAGACACACUUAUUCGUGUUCGAACUCUCGGACCAUGAAACACACACACCACACACACACAUACACGUACGACAUGUGUACAAUGGCAGAAGCCAAGAGUGCCGGGGCCCCUUUGCGUUUGCAAUUUCUUCCAGAAUCGCGUAUGUACGGUAUCCGGUCGGUCUCGCGUGUACGACGAGGUUUAAAGGCCACGAUGAAAAAUUGGCCUUUUCGAGACGUUCCUUCGCGAGUCGUUCCACGAGAGUAAAUGUCAAAUUCCUGCGUCCCUCCGCGUUGUAACGUACGCCUCGAAUGCAACGACGCGUGGCUAGGUACAGUCGGUAACAAUCAAUAGACCGUUUGUUUUCGCGCGAUUUUAAUUCUCCACGAGCGUUGCUUUCGCUCUUCUUAAUUAGACACGUUCCGUGCCGAGCCGUUUUUGCUCGACUUUUUCAUUCAGGCCAUUUGAUGUUUUGAUUAAAGAUUAGAAUGGCCAGAAGAUUAGAAUGGGCUUUGACAGAAGAAUGAUCAUUACAUCAUCAAUCCAUAAGUAAUCAACUUAUAUAGAGUAGUUGUCACAUCGUGUACCAUCGGUGGUAUACGUGGCACGAAACGUGUUAAUUAAAUGCGCGAGCAAUAUCAUAUAACAUGUCAGGUAACACGUAGUGGAGAUGAUUAACGGAAUUGAUUGUAUCCUCGAUCAACGCACGCGUGAAAGGUUAAUUAAAAUCUAAAAUUCUUUCGGUCGACCUUUUUCCUUUCACUUGUUCCAAAUUUUCGAUUCCACUUUUCGGACGCUUUGAUGAUUGAAAUUCGAAUUCGAUAAUGAUUCGUAUCGUCUCGUAUCGGUAACGUUUCGUAUCGAUGGUCUUUCUUACCUCUUGGUUACCUCAUAACCACUCUGUUUUUCCGUUCGUUCACACUUCCUUCGUUAUCGACAGACAGUGAUUUCAAGGGAAAAAAAAUUUUCGAUCUCGAUCUGUGAACAUCGUUUUCGAUCGCAAAACGCGUUCAGAGAAACGUAUUCGCAGAAUCUAGUUCUCUCAGAAACAAAAAUUCGAAGACGAGGUGCAAACGAAUUAUAACUUCUUUUUUCUUUUUCUUUCAUUUUUAUUUUUUCCUCCUCUAGACACUCUUGGCGUCGGUCAGGCACGCUUGCGCAAAUUAGACUCCGUCCGUGUUUACUUUUAAGUAAUGUGAAAGAUUCGUACCUACAAAUAAAAGAAACAAAAUUUCGUGAAAAAAAAAAGAACUGGUCUAUGUCCUUCUCAAGAAACCUCCCAAUCUCUCAUUUUCUGUCAUGUGAGCGUUUGUUCGUGUUUGCUUGCCACCUUGGAAAUUUACUGCUGUGAUUCUAACCUCUGCAUGCUCGUUACGAUCGUAUUCAAUUUCAUCUGUGAAUGUUCUGAAUGUUCUAAACACUAAGAACACUCUGUCGUAAUCAACUUAAUGCACCAAAGUUGUAUCUACUUACACGUGCAUCUGUGAAGAAGUGUAUAUAUCAAGCGAUACAGACAGGUGGAUAAUUGGAGAUUGUCACAUCAUUCAGUGUCCUUUAACAAUUCAAAUAGUGAGUUGAUUAAUGUGUUAAUUUCUUCCUUUUUCUUUUUUUUUCAUCAUUCACUUUUACGCAAUAAAUUGUGCUUAUCCAUAUCUACUUUUGCAAAUUCGAAGUAUACAUUUUGUAAAAUGUGUGUGUGAAUUUCAUAGCGAAGACUACUACGGCGACGUGGAUCUGAAGGCACUGCGAAAAUUGGGAUACAAGAAAAAGUGACGAGUCGAGGAACGCGCAAGUUCCAAUAAUUCCAAUCAAUAAUCAAUGUCAGGUCUGCUAUUCGAUAGAUUUCGAUACCGAUCGAGAUCGAUCGAUUUCCCUUCUCAUCUUCUCGUCUUCUGUCCAACUAAAAUCGAAACGAAAUCCAUAUGAUUCAGAUUUCACUCUCACUUGUCAUCGCGUCAUCGUUUAUGUGUCUAUGGAUCUUACGAUAGAUAACUGUAUAGGCAAUUACUUAACUACCUAUGUUUACUAACUGUGUAAAUAAAUUACUGUCAUAAAACAACACUUUGUUAUAUUAUCGUUAUAUUAUUUGUGCAAUUUAUUAGAAACAGAAUAUCUCCUGUCGCCAGAUAUCAUCCCUUUUCCUCUAUUAGAAAGAAAUCUUUCAAGACAAAGUUACAUGUACAAUACUAAGGGCUAUACGUAUCAAUGAAAAAAAACUGUUCCCAAGUUAUUUGCUCGAUCGUUACAGCUAUUGUGCGAAAUUAUGUCUGAUUAUAACUCUUAAUGUCCUCGAUCCAAUUUAAUUAAGAGAAUUAAUUCACUCUUUACUGCAAACUUUCUUUUUUGAAUUUAUUUGAAUUUUAAAAAUCUUAAAACUUUAAAGAAUAAGAAAUUUACGACAAUAGUGAUAGUUAUAAUAUAUGAUUUAUAAAGACGAAUAAGAAGAAUAAGCCCACAAAAAUAUUUUGAGAGUUGUGAUAUUAGCUAUGUAAGUCAAUUGUAAGAUGUUUUACAAAUUAGUUCAGAAAACUGUCGUACCACUAGCGCUGCUUAUAGUAAUAUAGUGUAGCUAAAAAAUGCAUAGAUAAAAACUACAA